AUGCCGGAACAAAACCAGGUUAUUCUCUUCGGAGAUCUUACAUGCAACUAUUUGAGUGGUCUACGCUCUCUGGUAGCCAUAAAGAACAACCCCCUUCUCACGACAUUUUUCGAAAGAGUCACUUUCUGUCUACGAGAGGAGAUCGGAACGCUUCCGAUGAAUGAACGUACCCGAUUCCCCAGGUUUAUCACCUUCCAAGAGCUUCUCGCAGGGAGCCAAGGAUUACCAUACCUCCCUCAGGCCCUGGAGACAACACUAGCUUCUACUUACCAGCUAGCUUGUUUCAUAAAUCACUUCACGGCCCCGGAGAUAUCGUAUCCUAAUCCCCAGAACACUUGGGUAGUUGGCCUCUGUACUGGAUUGCUCAGUGCAGCUGCAGUGAGCUGCAGUAAAACAGUCACAGAUCUCAUUCCUCUUGCUGCACACACUGUUUUGGUUGCCUUUCGUGUUGGCCUCUGUGUUUCAGAGGUGCUUCACGGGAUCGCACCUCAAGUAGGGAAAGACCCUGCUGCAUCAUGGGCCACCUUAAUCCCCGGCCUGGAGACUGAUGUCGCUACAUUGGCUCUGAAGCAUUACAAUAAUGACAAGGGCCUCCCAGCCACGUCUUCGAUUUACAUCAGCACAUACGCCAAUGCCAGCUUGACAUUGAGUGGACCUCCAGAGAAUCUGCUUGAAUUGAUAAGUGGAAAGUACCUCCCUGGGCAAAGGUCUAUCAAGCUCCCUAUCCAUGCACCAUACCAUGCCGCCGCACUCUACCAACAGCGAGAUGUUGACAUGAUUCUGAGACCGACACUACAGAGUGGAUUUGACUCAUUCAGGCGUCACUCACAUAUGAUCUCGAGUGUCAACGGCGAGGUAAUCACAGCCAGUAACUUUGGCGAGACGCUGAAGGGUUCAAUCAAUGAGAUCUUGCGUGAACCACUUCGUUUGGAUCGUAUAGUUGAUUCUCUGGCACAAACACUUGGAAAUGCCGAACAAAGCUGUCGGAUAUUGCCCAUUGCCACCUUGACUGGUCAAAGUAUUGCUGCUGGAAUCCAAAAGCAAGGCCAGACCGAGGUAACGAUGGACCCAGCGAUGAACUUUAGCAGUGCUGUCUCAGAUGACGGUGCCUCGGGUAAGCUGGGAGACUCUAGAUUGGCCAUCAUUGGCUAUUCUGGACGAUUCCCAGAUGCUAAGAAUACUGAUGAAUUUUGGAAGCUCCUGCAAGAUGGCCGGGAUGUUGCAAGCACCACACCCAGCAAUCGUUGGGACGUGCGGACACAUGUGGACCCCACUUUGACGAAGAAAAACACGAUGGCAACUCCUUAUGGAUGUUGGUUACAGCAACCAGGUCUGUUUGAUGCAAAUUUCUUCAUGAUUAGUCCUCGUGAGGCGCCCCAAAUGGACCCAGCUCAGCGUCUGUCACUUAUGACUGCGUAUGAGGCAAUGGAAUAUGCUGGGUUUGUUCCAGAUUCGACACCCUCAACUCAGUCUGAAAGGAUUGGUGUGUUUUAUGGUACAACCAGCAACGACUGGGGAGAAAUAAAUAGCUCCCAGGAUGUGGAUACCUACUAUAUUCCGGGCUCAUGUCGUGCUUUCAUUCCAGGAAGACAAAAUUUCUUCUAUAAGUUUGGAGGACCCAGCUACAGUAUUGACACAGCUUGUUCAUCCAGCCUGGCCAGUCUCCACCUUGCUUGCAACUCUUUGCUAAAGGGAGAUAUUGAUACUGCAUUCUGUGGAGGAACAAAUGUCUUGACCAAUCCUGACAUUUCAGCUGGUCUGGACCGUGGCCAUUUUCUGUCAAGAACUGGGAACUGCAAGACAUUCGACGAUGACGCGGAUGGUUAUUGUAGAGGCGAAGGCGUCUGCACUUUAAUUAUCAAGCGACUGGAAGAUGCUAAAGCCGACAAUGAUCCCAUCUGCGCAAUCAUCCGCGGAGCGUACACGAAUCAUUCCGCAGAAGCUGAGAGCAUCACUCGCCCACACAUCGGUGCCCAAAAGGCCAUUUUUGAGAAGGUGCUCAGCUGUGCCGCAGUAGAUCCCUACAGUGUUGGUUAUAUCGAGAUGCAUGGAACGGGAACACAGGCCGGUGACGCACGGGAGAUGAAAUCUGUGCUCUCUGUUUUUGCACCAUCAGAGGCAAAAGCCCGUACCGAGGAGCAAAAGCUGUUUCUAGGCUCGGUAAAGGCAAAUGUAGGCCACGGAGAGUCAGUGUCUGGGGUCAUUGCUUUGAUCAAAUCUAUUAUGAUGAUGGAAAAGAACGAGAUCCCUCCCCACUGCGGAAUCAAGACCAAAAUCAAUAGUGGGUUCCCCACUGAUAUGGAGGAGCGAAACAUCCACAUCGCCAAAAGCCCUACACCUUGGACACGCCCAGAGAGAGGCGUGCGCCGGGUCAUGAUCAACAACUUUUCAGCCGCAGGAGGCAACAGUUCUGUGCUGAUUGAAGAUAAACCGGCCUCUUUGGAUAAAGAUUCCACAUCCACCAUAGAUCCUAGGUCUACGCAUGUUGUGGCAGUAAGUGCUAAGUCCAGCACUGCUCUUCUCGCGAACAUCAACUCCGUUCUGGCACACCUCAAAGACAAGAAGCCACCACUCGCAAGUCUAUCAUAUACAACAACCGCUCGCCGUAUGCACAAUCCCUUCCGCGUCAUGGUGGCUGGCUCGCAUCUGGAAGAAAUUGCCGCCUCAUUGGGAAGCAAAUUGACAUCGCCUGUUGUUCAACGUAAGGCGCGGGCAUUGCAACCUGUGGCGUUUGCAUUCACUGGACAAGGAUCGCAGUAUAUUGGAAUGGGUCGACAUUUGCUUCAUUUCAGCUCUUUUUGCACCGAUAUGCACCGAUUCGAUGCCCUCUCUCAGGCACUGGGAUUCCCUUCAAUUUUGCCCUUGGUCCAACAGGCCGAGGGAGACAUAACUCAAAUGUCACCAGUAGUUGUUCAGGUUGCUACCACAUGCACACAGAUGGCUAUGGCGAAGCUGUGGCAGUCUUGGGGAGUCCAACCUAGGACAGUGGUUGGCCACAGCCUUGGGGAAUAUGCUGCUUUGAACGUUGCAGGUGUGCUAUCUGAAGCUGAUACUAUUUUCCUGGUGGGAAAAAGAGCACAGUUGAUAGAGGAGCAUAUUCCGCUCAACACACACGCCAUGUUAGCGGUCAGUACGUCUGUCAAAUACAUCAAUAUCAUUUGCGAGGGUCUUGAGUAUGAAAUUGCCUGCAUCAACUCGCCCUCCGAAACUGUGUUGAGUGGAACAACUGGUCAGAUGGAGCAGGUACUAGAUCGUCUCUCUGCACGCGAGAAUACUGAAUUGAGAAAAACGAAACUACAAGUUCCAUUUGCCUUUCACUCAUCCCAAAUGCAGCCCAUUCUCGACAUGUUCCAAGCAGCUACGCGGGCGGUGAAAUUCAAUGAACCCAAAGUCUCUGUCAUUUCCCCCUUGCUUGGCGAGGUCCUGACGUCGAAGGAAUCGUUCGGAACGGAAUACCUCGCCCGACACUGUAGAGAAACAGUCAAUCUUGCUGCCGGACUGCUCCAGGCAAAAAACAGUGCGGUCAAUGAAAGCACUAUCUGGGUUGAGAUUGGUGCUCAUCCGAUUGUUUCGGGACUUCUUCGAAACAAUCUCGGGCCUAAGACGACCACUUUGCCGACUUUGCAGCGGAACAAAGAUACAUGGAAGACAAUAUCGGCUAGCUUAACCAGUCUAUAUGAGUCUGGCGUUGAGAUCCGCUGGGGUGAAUAUCACCGUGAUUUUGCGCACUCUCUUUCUGUCCUUCGCCUUCCAUCGUACAACUGGGACUUGAAGAACUAUUGGAUACAGUACGCCAAUGAUUGGACUCUGCACAAGGGUGAGCCUCGAUCCCUCCAAGCUACUCGAGGAUUAUCGACGACAUGCAUUCACAAGCUGGUUGAAGAGAAAGACGAUGGUAACACGGUGCUUGUUGUCGGGGAGACCGAUGUUCUCCGCGAAGAUAUGGAUUGCUUCGUCCGUGGACAUUGCGUUAACAACGUCCCUCUGGUGACACCAUCGAUCUACGCUGAAAUGGCCCUAGUUAUUGGCGAACAUCUUCGCAAACAGCAACCAAAGCUGGAUGAAAGUCUAGUGGAUCUUCAAAAUAUGGAUGUUCAGCGGCCAUUUGUCACAAAAACAAAGGGCACGGGCCCACAAUUACUUCGCUGCCAUGUUUCGCUUGACCGGAAGACAUUCAAAGCAGCGAUUGAAUUCUGGAGCGUCACUUCCGAGGGCAAGCGAAUGACCAAGCAUGCCGAGGCCGGCAUGGCCUUCCCCAAUGCAAUGCAGGCACAUGCAGAGGCCCAACUCCAGGCCGUGCCUGUCCUGGAGCAGAUGAAGUCUGUCUCUGAUAGGCUUUACACUGACGAGCGAGUUCAGAAGCUUUCUGGGAAGACGGGGUAUCAAUUGGUAUCAUCGCUCGCGCAGUAUGAUUCCCAAUUCAUGGGAGUGUCAUCCGUCUUGCUAGAUAGCCGUAAUCGCGAAGCUGUGGCAAUUGUCCAAUUUGAGAACCCUCAAAGCACGAACGGAAUUUACUACGUCAAUCCGCAUUUGAUUGACAAUCUUGGACAACCUGCUCUCUUUAUCAUGAAUGCAAAUGACGAGGCUGAUCUCAGCAAGGAGGUAUUUGUCAACCACGGAUGGGCAUCUUUGCACUUCUACAAGCCAAUGUCAAUGACUGCUAUUUAUCGGACCCAUGUUCAAAUGACAGGGCCCAGUGAAGAUGGCAUGUAUCAUGGUAAUGUAUUCGUGUUUGAAAACAACGAAUUGGCUGCACUAUACAAGGGUGUCAAGGCUCAAGGUGUUCCUCGGAGACUCAUGGACUAUAUUGUCCACAUGCGCGAUGAAACCAAGACAGGCAGUCCAGCAGGUGGAACCUUGCAUACCCGAACUCAAGCAUCUUCCCAUUCAAAAGAUGCAUCAACUGGGUCUGUCACUUCUAUUGUUAGUGCCUCAGUUACCACUGAUGGUGGGAAUCACACAGACUCUUGGUCAGCGGCUCUAAAAAUCAUCUCCGAAGAAAGUGGAGUCCCUAUUGUGGAACUCGUUCCAAGCGCCGAGCUUGCAGACCUAGGUCUCGAUUCGCUUCUUGCACUGCUUUGUGCCAGCAGAUUCCGAGAAGAACUUGGUUUAGCCCAUGAAUCAUCAAUCUUCAUGGACUAUCCCACCAUGGAAGCGCUCGAAAAAUUCUGGAAGCAGGAUUCACAUACAGGGUCUUCUGAUGCAAACAAAACUCUUGGUGGCAAUGACGCGAUCUUAAACUCAAUGUUUACCGAUAACGUGGAGUCAGACCCGAUUCCCCUGAGCUGCGAGGAAUCAUCUUCGAAGAGCGACUCCUCAUCGACCAAAGAAUCUUCUGGUGUCACAACCCCGGAGUAUGGCCUACCGCCUCCGAAAUUAUUGUCCGCAACCUCUCUUCUACUUCAGGGGAAUCCCGUCCUGCCAUCAACGGCCAAGACCCUCUUUCUGCUCCCUGAUGGCUCUGGUUCAUGCUCGUCCUAUGCAGCUAUUCCUCGUAUUCACCCCUCUGUAGCCGUCGUCGGAGUGAACUGUCCUUUCAUGAAAGCUCCCGAGUCCUACAAUUGCGGCAUUGAGAAGGUCUCUGAACUAUAUAUCCGCGAGAUUCGCAGACGCCGGCCUCAUGGCCCUUACGCCCUAGGUGGAUGGUCCGUUGGUGGUAUUUUUGCGUACCAUGUCGCGCAGCAGCUUGCUUCCGCCGGCGAAACUGUCACGGAUUUGAUUCUUAUUGACUGUCCCGUCCCUAGGGGCCUUGAUCACUUGCCAAGUCGAUACUACGAAUAUUGCGAUGAGAUUGGAUUGCUCGGAACUGUCAACGGGGUGAAGAAGGAAGUGCCUAAAUGGCUUAUUCCACACUUUGAAGCUUGCGUCAACAGCCUCCAUGAGUACCACGCAACACCAUUCGCGCCUGUUGUCGAUGCUCCAAAAACACAGAUCAUCUGGGCGUGCGACGCCAUCGAUAAACAUCUCGAGCCAAAGUUUGAAGCAAGAAGUGAUGACCCGGAAGGGUUGAAAUUCCUCACGGAGGAAAGAGCGGAUUUCGGCCCAGCUGGUUGGGAUUAUCUCUUGCCCAUGACGAGCAUAGCUCUGUCCCGGAUUGACGGGGCCAAUCAUUUCUCCAUGAUACAAGGCGACCACGCCAAGCGACUAGGAGAGGAAAUCCAGGGAUUCUUGAUGAGUACUUGA